AUGGAUAAGUCUGCCGAAGAUGCGUCUUCACAGCUAGGUAGGACUGGUGCGAAUUCCACUAGUCUUGUGAAUAUCAUUGAUACAGAGGGUGGAAAUGACAACGAGGAAGAGCUGGAAUACUCUCUUGGCGAUGAAGAAUUAGGAAGCGAAGAGGAGCAGUUAGAAGGCGAUACACAAGCACCUGUUCAAAGAUCAAACCAAGAUGCUAUUGAAGGUGAUACUCUAGAUGCUUUUCAAAAGAAAAAGAGAGCCAGAAAAUCUGAAGCAUGGGAUGAUUUCGAAGAUGUGAAAGUUGGGCCUCAGAAGACAAUUUACUCAGAGUGUAAGCAUUGCCAGUCUAGAUUCAAAAAGACGAAGACCGGUACAACUUCAAGUUUGUUAAGGCAUCGAAAAAAUUGUCCAAAACGAUUGGAGAAACUCAAAAUAGUAAAGGCACGCCAGCAAAAACUCAAUUUUCUAGCUGCUGAUUCUAGCUCAAAUGCUCAUUCCCUCCUUCAUACUGGCAAGUUUGACAUGGCUGCCAUGAGACAAAGCGCGAUUGAGUGGGUGCUUAUGCAUGAGCAUCCCUUUUCAAUUGUGAAGGAAGAUGGCUUCAACUUAAUGAUGAAAAAGGGGAUGCCUGAAUGGCAAAAAAUCAGCCGGACUACUAACAAGAAAGAUUGUCUUUCCGUGUAUGAAAGAGAGAAGCAGAAAUUGAAGCAUUUGUUAAGUAAAGUCAAGAAAAUCAGCUUGACCACAGACCUUUGGAAGUCCAAGAACCAAAAAAUUGAAUACAUGGUUAUAACUGGACAUUGGAUUGACAACCAAUGGAGAUUACAAAAACGAGUCCUCAACUUUGUGCAUGUUCCCCCUCCACGUCCAGGCAUUGCCAUUGCAGAUGCUAUUUACAAAUGCAUGUUGGAUUGGGGCACUGAGAGCAAAAUUUAUACAGUGUCAGUUGAUAACGCGUCAAAUAAUGACACCGCACUACGAUGUUUGAAGGACACCUUCUCGAGAAACAAGUGCUUGUUGGCCAAAGGAAAGUUAUUCCAUGUGAGAUGUUGUGCUCACAUACUUAACCUGAUGGUUCAAGAUGGCCUUAGUGAAAUUCAAGAAAUAAUUCAUGACAUACGGGCAAGUGUAGAGUUUGUAAACAAAACUGAAGGGAGGCGAUUGAUCUUUGGUGAAAUUGUACACCAGCUACGAUUGCCUGAAAGAGUGCUGAUUUAUGACUGCAAAAUAAGGUGGAAUUCGACCUAUGAGAUGCUAGCUUGCGCUCUCAAGUUCAAUGAGGUGUUCCCGAGAUUCAAAGACAGAGAGCCAAGCUAUACUUUUUAUCCUUCCACAGAAGAUUGGGAAAAGGUAAAAAAUGUGUGCAUUUGUCGGAUAAAAACGCUUCUAGAUAGCAGAGCAAACGAUGAAGACAGCUUUAUUCAAGCAAUGGUCUGGAAGAUGAAGAUAAAAUUUAACAAGUAUUGGGGUGAGUGUAACCUGAUGAUGUCCAUAGCAGCCAUCUUGGAUCCCAGGCUCAAGAUGCGAGUUAUCAACUACUGCUUUCCACUGAUAUAUCCUCCACAUGAAGUGCAAGUGAAUAUAAACAAAGUCCGGCAAGCAUUGUAUGAUUUAUAUGCCGAGUAUGUGCAGGUGCAUGUUUCAAGUUCAAGAGAUUCUGGAGCAAGCUCUCAAGUAGUGACAAAUGAUCCAGGAAGCAAGAGUAGCAAUAAUUCAUCCUCUACAAUGACACACGUUACUGGAAUGUGUGAAUUUUUAUCUCACAUUGCUACUGUGGAACCAGUUCAACCGGAAAAAAAUAAGCUAGAUAUCUACUUUGAAGAUGGCCUUCUCAGUGCUAUGGAUAAGUCGAGCCUGGAUAUUGUCAACUUAGAUGCUUUGAAAUGGUGGAAAAGCACAACAAAAUACAAGAUUUUGCCUAAGAUGGCUGCGGAUAUUUUAGCCAUUCCUGUUAGCACCGUAGUUUCGGAAGCGACAUUUAGUGCUGGAACUAGAGUGCUUGACUCCUACCGUGCUUCUUUAGCUCCAGAAACUAUAAAGAUGUUGAUGUGUGCUGGGGAUUGGUGUCGUAAGCUACACGGGGUGAAGAAAAGGGAUAAGAAAAUGAAGUCAGCACAAGAGAUUUCAUUGCCUAUUCCUUGA